UAGUAUACUAUAUCCAUUUUAAUUUAUUUGCAACAUUUACCAUAAAUGGAUAUUAUAGAUUAUUUACAACAAAAGUUUUCUUUUUAUUUUUCAAGGUCAUUUCUCUUUUUAUCUCCCUUCUCAUCACAUAUAACUUUAUUUUCUCUCUUUAUUACCUUCUCAUAAAUAAUUUUACCGUUUUUUUUAGAACAUAAAUAAUUUUUACCUAGAUGCUAGUAAAUUGUAGUCUAUUUUGUGAGUUUUGUGACAUUCUUGUAGUUUAAUUUUUACAUUGAAACAAAUUAUUGUAGUCUAUUUUGUGAGUUUUGUGACAUUCUCUACUUUUAUGUAAUUAACGACAAUGAUAAUGAACAAAUUUGUAUGAUUGAGGAGUGGUCAUAUCAAUGACUCCCUAUGAUUUUACACAACAAAAAACUCAAAAAGUAUAAUUACAGUCUUAUCCUUAGAAUACACACAAACACACACUGUUGACUAUGAAUUAUUAUAUUCAUCAAUUUUGCAUGAUCCAUAUAUAAUGAUAUAAACAUCACACUACUCUUAUAAAAACUAUACACUCCUCAAAUAUUCAUAUUCUCCCAUAGUUAAAACCAAAAGAGUAAAAUGAGAAAAAACUUCAUGAAAUUCCGAGUAUCUCGAGUAAUCCCCACCUUCCAAUCCUGCCGUUCUAAACACCCUUCCACCUUCCCAUCAAAUCCUGUGCCUUCAUUCCUCCACCACUCUUCUUCCACCUCCACCGCCGCAACCGCAACCACCCUUAACAAACAAAUUAACCUUACUUCAACUCCGUCUUCAUCACGCUCCUCCAUUAAACGCCACGUGUCAUCCGCCAUUUCAUCGGCUCGUCGCGGUUGUUUAAGAUCACACCCUUCCCCUGAACCCUCCAACACCGAAUCAUCCCCAAAACUUAAACUCCCUUCCCAUCAUUGGCACGUCAUCACUAAACUCCCCCAAGAAUAUCAUAAUUACGAUUCUACCCCUCCUCGUCGUAAAAUCUACAACUCCGCUGCCUCCGACACUGAUCACGAAAACGACGUCGUAUUCCUCCCUCCAAAAACCAAAACCCGACCCGGAAGAAAAACCCGACGACGAAGACGAAACUUCCAGAACGUUCGAAUCAGUACUUCCUCCGACAGCGGAAUCUUCAGCGACGAUAAUCAAGAUGAGAGAGAAACAGAAACCCUCGUCUCCACCGACUCCACCAGCCCUAAAGUCAACAAAAAGUCAAAGGAGAGAGAAAACAAAAACAAAACGAAAAAUCCGAGAUCGUCGUUUGAGUUACCGGCGCCGGCGAGAUUAUCGGCGUUUAUGAGAAAAAUGACGCCGUGUAAGGCGGUGGUUGACGGUAAAGUAAGAGAGAGUUUCGCAAUCGUAAAGAGAUCCGAAGAUCCAUUGGAUGAUUUCAAGAGAUCAAUGAUAGAAAUGGUGGUGGAAAAACAGAUGUUCGAGGAAAAAGAAUUGGAGGAACUUUUACGUUGUUUUCUGUCACUUAAUUCGGAACGUCAUCAUGAAGCUAUUGUACGAGCUUUUACUGAGAUUUGGGAUGGCCUAUUUUGUCAGUCAUCAGAGUAAUUUACUAACCAGUUCAUCAGUUCGCUUUAUUAAUUAAGUUAAUUAAUUGCUAGUUUUAGUAUGAAUUGUAUUUCAUGUGCUAAUAUAUAAGCUAAUUUGACUGUCAUUAAUUAAUUAAGAGGUUUAGAUCUUGAGAUUAAUUAAAUGUUUAGAAUAUUCUUAAUUGUAUGAUCCCGAUUUAUUGAGUUUCAUAAUGGUGGUUGCUUAGUUCUAGAGGUUGACUAUGUAUGGCGGUGCUCUAUGAUAUUAUGGCGGAAUCGAGGGUAGAAAUGUCGUUUUGUUAUUUUUAGUAAUCUUCUUGUUUCUAAUUAGUACUCCGUGUGUAAUGUUUGAGUCGUUUCAUGUAAAACUUUAACGGUAAAUCACUUGUAAAGUUUUCGUAUUUUUCAAUAACAAAUUUUUCUUAGAUU